GCGCUUUUUAUCAGUUUUGAUGUGUGACUUCGUUUCAGUCUAAGGAAUGUUUUAUAUUUGUUAGUUUUAUGUUCGUUAUAAACUAAGAUUACAAGUUCUUAAAGUAAAAUGGUUGCCGAUCACAAAUUAUCCAUUAUAAUGCUUGGAGAAAGCGGAGUCGGUAAAACUUCUUUGAUGUUGAGAUUCUGCAAAAACAUUUUCAGGGAAGCACACGGCUGUACAUCAAUAGACUGCUAUAUUAAAACAAUUACUUUAAAUGAUAAAAUUAUAGAGCUACAACUUUGGGACACAGCUGGACAAGAAAGAUUCAAAGCAAUUAUUAAAGAGUAUUUCAGGAAAGCUGAUGGCGUACUUUUGGCCUAUGAUAUGACAAAUUUGGAAACCUUUAUGAAACUCUCUAGUUGGCUGUCUGAAUUAAAAGAGAUAAAUGAAGGAGCUACAAUAUUUAUAGUUGGAAAUAAAGCUGAUCUUCUACAGAGUAACCAAGUGAAUCGAAGCACAGUCGAAAAAUAUGCCCAAGAAGAGAAAUUGGAAUGCUGGGAAACAAGUGCAAAGAAAAAUGAAAACGUUGAUGAAGUUUUUAAGAAUUUGGCACUAAAAGCACUAGAAAGAAAGAAAAUCGCAUUUUUCAAAGAACUUUCAAAUGGUGAAAUCAAAGCAGUAAGUCCGAACAGUGCGAUAGCUGAGAAUAUACAGAAGCAAGAUGAGAACAGUUUACCACCUAUAAUUCGUCUUGAAGAUGAUUUUGGAGACGAUAUUCAUAAGAUAAAAUUGAGGGCCGAAAAACCAAAACCGAAAAAACAAAGUUGCUGCUAACAAACAUUAGGGUAAAAAAUCUCUCAAAGCUUUGAAAUUUGGUAAAGACAAAAUCAACAGGUUUUACUGUGCCUUGGGCAAUUAUUUAUGUAGUCAAGCCAAGGCACAAUACUGAGCCUUGGGGAAUAUCUGUGCCUGAUAGCAUUAGGAAGUAGAACUUAUAUGAUAUGCAUUCCAUUGCAAGACAGCUGGAACAAAUGCUUGCUUUGCCCACCUUUGUUGUGUGCUUAUAUAUAUAAGACACUUAACAAAAUUAUAAGACAAUUCAGGUAGUGACAACCAAAUUUCAUUUUUUGAAGUAGGAAUUCUCAACGAUGGUUCUCUAGUGAUUAUAUUACUUUAAUUGUUAAUACCUCCUCUGCACUGUGAUAUUUUGUAUUGUAUAAAGAAUGUGCCUUUCAAGCCUGCCUUUUUUAUUUAUUGAAAGGUUACAAAACUCAAAGAUCAAUAUCGGUCAAUGAAAAGAGGUUUAAAUUGAAAAAGGCCACAAAAAAAACAAGAAACAUAGAAAACAAAAUUUUACAGAAACUGAGAUUAAUCUCGAAAAAUUCAGUGUAGAAUAAAGUAUAGAAAAGAUCAAGGUCAACGACAAAAUUAAUAUCUUUUUUUCUUCCUGACCAAAAUAUCGUUUCUGCUAUUGAUUUUCCUCCUUGGUAGACUGCUAAAAUAUAUUCUGGUAGUGGAGAAAAUAUUGCGUGGAUAUGACAUGACUAGUAAUUAGCCAUUAGCAAUUGCUAUGAUUCGUAAUUACUAAUAAUGAGUAAUUAGAAAUUUAAUUAAUAAUAAAAAAAUUUCCAUAUCUUUGAAAUUUAAAAAAAAAAAAAAUUCUGACAUGAUGUUUUGUUUGCUAUUCUACAAAUAUAUUCUUUAGUGUGUGUGUGUCGAUAUUGAACAUAGAACUGAGAACUAUACUUGCAUUAUUAAUUCGAAUACAGAUUUGCUGCCUUUAUAAAUACUUUUAUUUAAAAAAAUAUAGUUGCGAUUCAGAUGAAUG